AUGGAACAUUUAUGUACCCUUUACCGCUUGAGCUUCACUUACUGCCUUAUACACGGCUUUUCAUCGUUGACAUCCUCGUUCUCCCUGGAUGCCAUUGUCUUUCCGGGGCUAAACCGAGAUGUCUACUACAAGCGGGGAGAUCUUAACAUCGGCGCCAUAAUGAUGUUGACGUCAGGAACUGACGACAUGGGCUGCUCCAAGAAAUUGUACCCCAACUCCUGGGCCAUCGAGUAUCCAGAGGCUGUUGCCUUCGCCGUUGAAAAGGUCAACAAUGACACCGCACUGUUACCUAAUCUGACUCUCGGGUUUUAUAUUAUUGAUGACUGUACCGACCCAAGCAUUGCCUUAGCACAGGCAUUGACAUUUUUACCGCGAAAUGAGUCCUCCUGCUCAAUUGAUACCUGCCCUGGAAGGUCUCUAGAGAACAAUUCGUAUCCUUUAUCGUCUAGAUAUUCUACAGAACCUCUUCCAUACUAUGAGGUCAUGGGUAUUUUGUCUCCAAUUCUAAGCACUGCUGCAGUACCGGUAUCUUACAUGAUGGCGGCUGCUAAAGUACCAAUGAUUGGCUAUACCACUACCUCUGACGAAUUCAAUGACCGAACCUUGCAUCCAUACUUUCUCAGGGUAGUCACGCCUAAUAAAUAUCAAGCGAUUGCAAUGUUAGAAUUCAUAUGGUCUAACGGCUGGACGUAUAUAUCAGUAGUCUAUUCGCAAGGCACCUACGGAGAGAGAGCUUUUGAAACUAUCAAGGGCUCGGCUGCGAAGUACAAUAUUUGCAUCGCUGUUUCAUACAGAGUAGGAAAUGAAGAGAACAUGACUGCAGUAGCAAGAGGUUUGAAUGCAAAUUCACGUGCCAGAGCAGUGAUACUUUUUGCAGAUGAACAGCCGGCAAGAAACCUUUUUGCCGAAAUUGAAAUACUCGGUGCUAUCGGUCAGUUUAUUUGGAUCUGUUGCGAUUCAGUAGCCAAUGCUAGUAAAGAAAAGCUUCUGCCACACUUAAAGUCCGUUAUGGGAGCUUUCAUGUUUAUCUACAGCACCGCUUUAGUUCCGGAAUUCUACGAUUAUAUCCGUAGGCAAAAUGUGUCCACAUCUACAAACCCUUGGUUCAAACCAGCUUGGGAGAACACUGCUGGGUGCUCUUUCGCUGAUGGAAGCUGCAAACCAAACGAAGACCUCACAAAGUACGCCAGCUUCGAGUACUCUCCAGCUCCGUCAUUGGCAAUGGAUGCUGUUCUGACAUUUGCCCACGGAGCACAUAGUUUAAUUUCACAGACCUGCCCAACUGCAAAUAAAGACAACGUGCGUGAUUGCGUCAAGAGAGAUCUGCUGUUAGAAUCUCUUUUCAAUGUAUCCUUUAAGGGUUAUACUGGAACGAUACAAUUUGACAAAAACGAUGAUUUUCAAGGGGUGUACUUUAUAAAUCAAAUGUUGUACGAUGAGGUAGAAGUGUUACCUAGCAACGGCACUGGUAACAUGACCUUCAUGAAAGACUUGGUCCAAACAAGAGUGGCGUAUUACGACGCUUCAGACGGUUCACUUAUCUACACCAACGUCAACAUUUCCUGGGAUCACUUGCUAAACAUAACCAGGAUUGUUCCCCUCUCGCAGACAAAACAAGGACCUGAGGUUCCCGAGUCAGUCUGCAGUGGUCCUUGCCGCCCAGGAGAGUACAAACUCCAGAAGGAGCUAGUCUGCUGCUGGGACUGCCGAAAGUGUAGAGACAAUGAAAAGGUCACAUCUAAACCAGCUGGCUGCAAGGCAUGCGAGCAGUUCACUUGGCCGGAUCCUAAAACUGGCUAUACAUCAUGUCUUCCCAUCCCGCUGACCCACGUUCAGCCGUCAGACACGUUUCCUGUGAUACUGAUUUGCCUAGUUUUACUGGCAAUCAUAGGAACAUCUUUCGUCGUCGCCUGUUACAUCUACUUCCACGAAACUCGAAUUAUGAAGGCUGCAAGCCGAGAGUUGAGCUUUCUUCAGUUUGUUGGCAUUUUUGUGGGUUAUAUCACCGUAAUCUGUUUCCAAACCACACCAACGCCGAAUCUCUGCAGCGCUCUCUACUUUAUGUUCUGCCUGAGCUUCGCUUGGCUCUAUUCUCCGUUGCUGGUUAAAGCUGUCAGGAUCUAUCGUAUCUUUCAGAGUGGCUCCAAGAACAAUCAGACGCCUAGAUUCGUCAGCCCCACAUCACAGAUCGUAUUUGCUUCUCUCAUCAUUUUAUCACAGAUUAUCUUAUGCUUGAUAAUGUACAUAAUCAGCCAGCCAACGGCCAAGAAAACGCAAGCAGUGAUGACCGAGAAAUUCGUGGAACUCUCCUGUGACAUGACCCUUCCUGGUUUGGCUUCAUUUUUGGUAUACAACCUCCUCCUGGUUUCAGCUUGCGCUAUAUUCGCAUUCAAGACUCGGAAACUACCAGAUAAUUUCAACGAGUCCCGGUUUAUAUCAAUGUGUGUAUACACAACUUUGGUCAUUUGGCUAGCAUUUAUUCCGACUUAUUUCACGGCAACUCAGGAAUACGUCAAAGGAAUACUUCUUUCUGUAGCCUUGUUGCUUAAUCACACAGUGGCAGUGUCGUUUCUCUUUAUACCAAAGGUUUAUGCUUGUAUAUUUGUGGACCAGGAAACUUUGGUAACUAAACGGUUCAAUGAUGGUGGAACAUCGCUUGACGUUCCUGCGACCUGCAGUCGGGUUGGUCCUGCAAGUAAUAGUGAUGUACCCCGAACAGGCUUUUGA